CGGGACUCGGAACUAGGAACUAGGAACUAGAUAAAAGGAUACAUACAUAGGAAAGAGUGCGUUGACGACGAAGGACAAUAAAUUUGAGCCAAAAAAAAAUAAAACACAACAACAACAGCAACAACAAUAAAACUAGAAUCCCAGUUCAGAUCUAUCUGUCUUUGUCUGUAUUAGUAUUUGGGAGAAGAAGAAAAACAAAGGGAAAUUUCCUUUUGAAUGAAUCCUCUCAAAAUCAAAUCAUGUAACGUUAAAAGAUUUGAUUUUGAGAGGUAUAAUGGCGUAUAGAAGGAAGCAACAACAACAGCAACAGGGAAUAACAUCAUCAUCGUCUUCGUUAUCAAGACAUUCUUCCAUUUUUUUGGAGGACGAGGAGGAGGACAUUGAUGCUGUUGAUGCUGAACCACAAAAACAACCACAACAUCAUCAAAGAAUUCACAAGCCUCAGCUUCAGCCUCAGCCUCAGCCUCAGCCUCAGGCUCAAUCUCCGGCAUCUCUAGCGGCAAAGGCUAUAAGAGCAUCUUCGGCCCACCGUGACUCUUCCCUCUCCUCUGCUUAUGGUUAUGGCCACUCUUCUCCUCUCUCUCCUUCCUCUUCCUCUUCCUCUUCUCGCUCUCCCAACCCCACCAGAUCUUCUCCUCCAGUCUCCCUCCAGGAUUCCAAGCCUUAUGAGUAUACAUCAAUGAAAAGUAUGAAUGAAUCCAAACAUGGGUUUUGGGGUGUUUUGGCUAGAAAAGCUAAAGCCAUUCUUGAUGAGGAUACUGAACCCCAACAUUUUGAAACGCCUGAAAGGAAAAGGUCUCCCAUGUCUGCAGCUACACCCACAAUGGGCAAGUAUGAAAAUUCAAAUCACUCAGAUGAGAGACGUCAAAACACAGAUGGUCCUGCACUACAGAAGGGGUUGGGUGCCAUUGCAUCUUCUCUUAAUUAUAUUGGUGGCACCAUUGGUAAUGCCUUAGAGGAGGGUCUUACUAUCGUGGAAAGUCGGACUGCAGACAUCAUUCAAGAAACUCGCAAACAUAUGAAGAAAAAGCCUGGCGGUUCUGAGGCACAGAAUCAGGUGCCAAACCGUAGUAAUGCAUGGCAACAACCACAGAUGCAACCCCAGAUGCAAACUGACCAAGGACUUCAACUGAAGGCAUCUCGCGACGUUGCUAUGGCAAUGGCUGCAAAAGCAAAGCUUCUUCUUCGGGAGUUGAAGACUGUCAAAGCAGAUCUGGCUUUUGCAAAGGAGCGAUGUGCUCAGCUGGAGGAAGAAAAUAAAAUUCUUCGAGAGAAUCGUGAAAGGGGAAGCAACCCAGAAGAUGAUGAUUUGAUACGGCUUCAACUUGAAACACUUCUGGCAGAGAAGGCCAGAUUGGCCCAUGAAAACUCAGUCUAUGCACGUGAGAAUCGCUUCCUAAGGGAGGUUGUUGAAUACCACCAGCUCACUAUGCAGGAUGUUGUAUACUUGGAUGAGGGCACUGAACAGGUCACUGAAGUCUACCCCAUCUUGGGAACCUCAGGGUCGAAUCUUAACUCUAUUUCCUCAGCACCGACUCCACAACCACCUCCUGGGGCUAUCUGCAAGUGACGGAAGACCAUGCUGAGCUGAGGGGGUCAUCUUCCCAAAUGCCACAUAAACAAGCUUGUACAACUCCAUUAGGAUUGCAAAAGAUAUUAUAAAUGCUUUUCUUUAAUUGGGAAUUUCUUGUAUUCCAUGUUUCAACAAAGGUUUGAAAUGUAACAAUAUGAUUUUCUUGUUUUUAUAUAUUAUUAUGAUUAUUAUUAUUA